CUCCAAAAGAUCCUGAUGACGGGUCAAGCAGAGGAUCCCAGCAGCACUAAAUACUCGAUAUUUCCAGGUGUGACGAGUGACCAAACUCUCCUCGACCUCAUCUCUCCUCGAUUUCAGGUUUUUGGAAGUUCGAGUUCGCUAGCGUGCCCGAACACCCCUUUGUCUUUCACUGGAGGAAUGGCUGAACAGAUUAAAGCAUCUAAGCAGGUUCCUUCCUUUGAGUAUGAGCUUUUUGAAGGAGAUCCUGACCACCUUAGGACUGUUGUGGCUACACCUACUCAGACCAAACACUGGAUUAAUCCUGCCUCGUUGAAACUUAAGCAUAGGAUAGGGCGAGGCCCUUUUGGUGAUGUUUGGCUGGCUACUCAUCAUCAGUCAGCUGAUGAAUUUGACGAGUACCAUGAAGUUACGGUUAAGAUGUUGCAUCCAUUGAAGGAGGAGCAUAUGCAAAAGUUUGUUGAUAAGUUUGAGGAGUUAUUCUUGAAGUGCCGAGAGCUCCAAGGUGUUUGCUGGUUGCAUGGUGUCUCUAUUGUAAAUGGAAAGAUCUGCAUUGCAAUGAAAUUUUACGAAGGAUCUGUGGGUGAUCAAAUGGCUCGGUCAAAAGGAGGCAAGCUUUCCUUGCCUGAUGUUUUAAGGUAUGGGAUCCAAUUAGCAAGAGGUCUUCUUGGGUUGCACUCAAUGGGGUUGUUGGUGCUCAACCUGAAGCCUUCCAACUUUCUUCUAAACGAACAGAAUCAACUAUUUCUGGGGGAUUUUGGGAUCCCAUAUCUACUUCUUGGGAUUCCAUUGUCUGACUCUGAUAUGGUUCUUAGGCUUGGAACCCCUAAUUACAUGUCUCCAGAACAGUGGGAACCUGAGGUAAGAGGUCCUUUGUCCUUGGAGACUGACAUUUGGGGAUUUGGGUGUAGCAUGGUGGAGAUGUUGACUGGUGUUCAGCCAUGGUUUGGGAAAUCAAUUGAAGAAAUAUAUCAUUCGGUUGUGAUUAAGAAAGAAAAACCACACAUCCCAAGUGGCUUGCCUCCAGCAAUUGAGAAUGUUAUCAGUGGUUGCUUUGAGUAUGAUCUCAGAAAUAGACCAUUAGUUUCAGAUAUUUUACUCGCAUUUGAAAGCUCACAAACUGCUGUUAACAGUGAUGGAGGAUGGAUUGGCCUUGGAAGCCGACCAAUCAAAGAAAAAUCUGUUGUCUCUGGUUACACCACAUGGUAUCUCUCCAAGGAUCGUCUUCAAGUUGGUGACGUGGUUCGCUCAAGAAGCCCUCCAAAUGUUCGCAAACCUCAAACCAUGGAUAUUCGUGAAGGAACUGUUGUUGGUUUAGAUAAUGAUGCUGAUAAGAAUGGCUUUGUUCUAGUGAAAGUUCCUGGAAUGCACAACCCUCUGAGAGUACAGGAGUCUACACUUGAGAGAGUCACAAAUGGUUUAGCAGUGGGGGACUGGGUGUGCUUGAAAGAGGAAAACAACAGCCACUCCCCUGUGGGAAUACUACAUUUAGUACAGCGUGAUGGAACUGUGGCAGUUGGAUUUAUAGGAUUAGAGACCCUUUGGAUAGGGAAGUCUUCCCAGCUUCAAAUGGCUAAAGCUUAUUAUUUGGGGCAAUUUGUGAGGCUUAAGGCAAAUGUGUUUACUCCUCGGUUUGAAUGGCCACGGAAGAGGGGAGGAGCAUGGGCCACUGGGAGAAUUUCAGAAGUUCUUCCAAAUGGGUGUCUUGUUGUAGAGUUUCCAGGUAGAUUUGUUCUUGGAAAUGAACCCAACAGAUUUUUAGCAGAUCCUGCUGAAGUAGAAUCAGUGUCUUUUGAUACUUGUCCUGGUGUGGUGGAGAAAUAUCAACACGUUGAGGAUUUUCAUUGGGCUGUCAGGCCGCUAGCAAUUGCCUUUGCCCUAUUUACAGCCAUGAAGCUCACUAUGUCUGUUGGAUGCAGUGUAAGUGCAAGAGUGAAGAAAUGCCGGCGAAAUGGUCAUGAUGGCCAUGCUGGCAGUAAAUCAGGUUGGAGACAGAGAAUCUUCAGAGAUGGAGUUACUACUGCUGGUUCCACAAGGUAAUUCUACUAUUAUUAGAUGAGUUUGCUGGAACCUACAGCUAAGGAGAUAAGGUUAAUCAGGAAACAACUUCUCUGACCUUUGAAAGGUGAUAGUUUCAGCUCACUUACUGUCAGUAACUAAUGUUGAUGAAGCAAAGCAUAAAUAAAGCUGUCAAUAACUUGUAGUCAAAGGUGUAAAUAUAUGUACAGAGUAUGUUCAGAAUUGGGUUAACAUUUGUUCCUUUUUAUAUAUGAGCAUUGUCCAUGCCCAUUCUGGUUUGACA